GGCUCAGAGUCGCCUCCGCUGCCGCACCGAACACCAGCUCCUGGAGAAUAAAAUAAAACAGGCUUUCAUUGUUCAGGUUUAUCAGGGAAGGUAAAACUCAAAGACGAAAAGGAUUACGCUCAACACUGGCUUUAAUUUUGUCUUCUUGUGUUAAGAAAACACGCGACGACCGGAGCUCAGAUGGAUCUGAACCGCGUCGUCUUGCUGCUGGUCCUGUGCUGCUUCGACAAGCAGCUGGUUGCAACGACAUCAGAGGACGACUCGGUGGAGCAUCUCGACCAGAUCGCGUCGGCGCAGUUCGAGUGUUUCCAGAGAAUCACGAAAGAGUCACACCGCAAAACGAGAUCCAUCGGCGGGCCGGUGUGCAACACCACAUGGGACGGAUGGCUGUGUUGGGACGAAGCUGAAGCCGGACUCACCGAGCAGAGCUGUCCAGAUUAUUACAACGACUUCGACCCUCACGCGAUGGCGUCCAAAGUGUGCACGGAGACGGGCGAGUGGGGUCGACACCCGGAGAGCAACCGGACGUGGACCAACUUCACCAACUGCAAAGCCAACGGUCCGCAUCAGAGGACGCAGGCGGCGAUGACUCACUUCUACCUGGUGAUGAUCGGCCACGGGCUGUCGCUGGUGUCGCUGCUCGUAUCGCUCGGGAUAUUCUUCCACUUCAAGAGUCUGAGCUGCCAGAGAAUAACCCUCCACAAAAACCUCUUCCUGUCCUUCGUCCUGAACUCCGUCAUCACCGUGGUCCGGCUGACCACGGUGGUGAAGAAACAGGGACACACCUACAACGAGUCGGGAAGCUGCAAGCUGCUCAUGUUCAUCCAUCUGUACCUGCUGAGCUGCAACUACUUCUGGAUGCUGUGUGAGGGCAUCUACCUGCACACGCUCAUCGUGGUGGCCGUGUUCGCGGAAAAGCAGCACCUCAUGUGGUACUACCUGCUCGGCUGGGGUUUCCCACUCGUGCCGGCGGUGAUCCACUCCAUCGCUCGCCUCUGCUACUACAACGACAACUGCUGGGUGAGCUCGGCCACGUCGCUGCUCUACAUCAUCCACGGGCCGAUCUGCGCUGCACUGGUGGUGAACCUCUUCUUCCUGCUGAACAUCGUCCGGGUUCUCAUCACUAAGCUGCGAGUGACCCACCAGGCCGAGUCGAGCCUCUACAUGAGGGCGGUCCGGGCCACCCUCAUCCUCAUCCCGCUGCUCGGCAUCCAGUUCGUCCUGCUGCCCUACAAGCCCCACGAGCACUGGGUGUCCGAGAUCUACCUGUACAUCAUGGACAUCCUCAUGCACUACCAGGGUCUCCUGGUUUCUACAAUAUUCUGCUUCUUCAACGGGGAGGUCCAGACCGUUCUUCGGAGACACUGGAAUCUACAGCGGAUGCAGUUCGCCGGCACGUUCGCCAACGCCGACUUCUUCCGCUCGGCCUCCUACGUGGCGUCGUCGCUCACCGAGGUGCACCGCUGCUACAGCAUCGAGAGCCACACCGAGCACAUGAGCAGCAAGAGCUACUCGGACAUAUUCAGGUCGGAGAGCCCCUUUGUGUGAGGGCGGCCGACGACGUUCCUGUUUUCUUCUACGAAGAUUGAUCUUGGAGUUAAGUUUUGUUUUUGCUUUUUUUCAUCUCCCAGGCACAAAAAGAAAGAAAAAAAAAUCAUAUUUUACUUUUCUGACAAAUCAAUAGAGAGAAAAGUGAGACCAAAGACUGUUUUUCCAUCAUUACCUACACUGCAGAUCUGUUCAGAUGGGCUGUUGUCAGACACGAGGAUGACACCGAGAAUCAAACAGCUUCAAAAUAUAUCAAUCAUACAAGGAAUUCAUUCUUUUUGCAUCGUAUGGAUACAACCUGAACGUCCUCGAUAGUCAAGGAGCAGCUCUGCUGAGCUGACAAAGACACAAGUUAUCACUUUUUCAUGGCAGUUCAAGAAUAUUGAUGCAAAGUUCAGAAAGUUUGGCCAAAGUGGGAACGUGAACCUGUGAUGCUGUAAACGGGAGGCUGAAAUAUUCUCCCUGAUUAAUGCAAAUUUCACCAAUCAGAGCAGAAUGAAGAAGGAAUCGACAGAAGUUUAGAAAUAAAGGCUUUGCAGCAGCUUUGGUGACAAGUUAAGUGCCAUAAUUUAAGCAAUUAAAAAUCAGUAGUACACAUGUAAACGACCACAAAAGUAAAAAUUUAAUUGCAGUUCACACUUAAUUUACUUUAACAAAGCCAUUUCUGCUUCAGCUAUUUUUGAAUGAAAGGUAUGCAUCAUGGGCCUGAACCCCGUCUUGACGUAAAUUUUCUAUUUAUGUGUCAUUUCCUCUCCUCUAAGGUCAACAAAUAAUGAGAUUCACAGCAUAACUUUGUCAGACAUAUAAGCUUACAUUGUCCGACUCUUUUAAGUUAAUGUUUUUUUUCACUUCUGAUUAUUCCAAAAUGCUGGAGAGACGAUGGUGAGAGGAAAAAGUGUUUGUACAUAUAUGUGAUUGUGUAAGAAUAAGACAUAUAGUCAGGCAAAUAGUAUGAGUUUGUACAUUGCAUUUAGACUGCUACUCGUGUACUUUGCAUUGUUUUCCAGUCAGUUAAGAACACACCAUAGUGUUGCAUUGCUCACAGCUGGUUUUAUCACAGCAUAGCGCAUAAAAAUGUCACAUUAUUACAUUUUCAGAUUACUUUUAAGAUUUCUGUGUCCAGGUAACAAAGUCAGACUUACACUGAAGAAUUAUGUUAUCGUUAACACGUAUUAAUGUUCAACCUGUUAAUUAAGAGCUGCUGGUUUCGGCCUUCAAUAACAGGAAUGAUACGUAAAAAUCCUCUGUAAUAUGAACUCACUCAGCCAACAGUGUAGGAGCAAGAAAUGCUUAACGUAGCUUAGCAUUAAAACUGAAAAUGGGAACUUUAAUCCAAGGGUCAAAAAAAACACAAAUGUGUGGUUUAAUGUUUUAACUGUGGAAAAAGCAAGCCAAAAUGGUUUAAAAUUCAAAAUACAUGUACAGCACUGAACCCUAAGUUAAAAAUGUAAGAUUAAUUUCUUUAAAAAAUGUAAUGUAGCAUAAAUCUAUAAUCGUUACAGUAAUUUCUAUGCAGAUUUUUAGUGAUAGAAUAAGCACUCUUGUUAUCGCGGGCAUUUUGCUAUCAAAGUACCAAUAAAUAUAGCUUAGGAUGCUCAGUAGUGGGCUACGUUAAGAGCUGCAAAGUCUGAUUAGUAGCAUUCAUUUCUUAAAGUAAUAGUUUGGUUUUGGAAAAAAAAUAGUUGCUUUUUUGCGCAGAGUGAAAUGAAAAGAUUAAUACCACUCCUCUGCUGGUACGCUAAAUAUUAAGCUACAUACAGCCAAUUAAAGUUACGCUAACUAGCUGGUUAGCUUUUUAUUAGCAUGAAGACAAACAAGCAGUUUAUCAGAAGUAACACGAUAUCUCAUUUGCUUGCUUUGGACAGAGCCAUGCUAGCUGUGUCACAAUCUAUGCUUUCCUGCUACCACAUUUGGUUAGCUUUAAGUUAGCAUGAAGAUUGGAAACAGGAGUACAACUAGCCACAAAAAAAUCCUGGCGCAGAAGCAGCCUAUCAGCACUUAUAAAAGCUCAUUAAUUAACACAGAUUGUGUUAACUUUGAAGAGCCAUCAGCUAAUGUUAGCUGGUUAGCUUCAGGCUAGGAAUAAAACUUAAUAUGGGCAGCUAGCCAAGCAAGCCUAGCACACUAGCUAUGUCCCCAUUUCCAUUCAUUAUGUUAAUAUUUUGUUGACUUUGGACGGAGUCAUGCUAGUUGUAGCACUGUUUCAGUUUUGUCUGCUAAUGUUAGCUAACUAGCAAAGCUAACCCUGCUAAUUCUAGCUUCCUACUGAUCCAACAGACUUGAGCUUGGUAUCAAUCUUCUUGUCUAACUUUCAACAAGAAAGCAGCUAAAAUAUUUUCCAAAAAUCUGUUUUGUGGCAAUCUUUUUGUAAAGAAAACUCUUUAUAAAGACGGAUAUAGCUUUUUCAAUGCACAUAAUAUCAAUAAAGGAAGGUUUGUGUUUCUAUUAGCAUGUGCUAAGCUAGGACAGAGACACCAGAGUGGACCUUGGUGAUGAAAUGUUGCACCCUAGUGGCCUAAUUGCUACCAUUUUCUGACACUUUUGACUGUUUUCCUUCUUAAUUUUAAACAACAAAUUAUGUUGAAGAAACUUCAUUUUUCAAAGAAGGCUUUGGGAAACGCUUAAAAAUGAUGAGGAGAACCUUGAGUUAGGUAAAAGUCUGAAUUUCAUUGUUGUUUUUGUAACAUAGCGCUUGUUUAUCCUGAAGUAAUAAUGCUGUAAAUAAAAACAAGCUGUUUAAAACUGGGA